GUUAGUUAAAAAAAGAAAAAAACAACCAAAAAAAACGCGACGCCAAAAUUUUUGUCCAAGAUGCCUUAAUAAAGCCCUCGCUACUCUCUCUCUCUCCGUGUGUGUGCGUGUGUGAAAAUGAGAAGAAGAACCCCAUUGCCGCCGUUGGUACUUAUGCUGCUUAUUUGUCUUGUUUAUACUACUUGUGUUGUGGUUGCGGCGGAGAUUGGAAGCGAUGCGUGGCCGGAGACGGUGGAUUUGGACAGUGGAGGGCUGAGCAGAGAGACAUUUCCAAAGGGAUUUGUGUUCGGAACGGCGACGUCGGCUUAUCAGGUCGAAGGCAUGGCCAACAAGGACGGCCGUGGGCCUAGCAUUUGGGACGUCUUUAUUAAAACUCCCGGGCUUGAGCCCAACAAUGCUACCGGUGAUGUUGCAGUGGAUCAAUACCACCGAUACAAGGAAGAUGUUGAUCUGUUGGCAAAGCUGAACUUUGAUGCAUACCGGUUCUCAAUUUCGUGGUCCAGGAUAUUUCCAAACGGAACUGGAAAAGUAAACAAGAAGGGAGUUGCUUACUACAAUAGACUGAUCAAUUACAUGCUCAAAAGAGGCAUUACCCCUUACGCGAAUCUUAAUCAUUAUGAUCUUCCUCAAGCACUUGAGGAGAGGUACUUGGGAUGGUUGAGCCAUAAAGUAGUGAAAGAUUAUGCAGAUUAUGCAGAUUUUUGUUUCAAGACGUUUGGAGACAGGGUGAAGAAUUGGAUGACAUUUAAUGAACCUAGAGUGGUGGCUGCUCUUGGAUAUGACAACGGAUUCUUUGCCCCGGGAAGGUGUUCUAAAGCAUAUGGAAAUUGCACGGCUGGAAAUUCUGCAACCGAACCAUACAUUGUGUCCCAUAAUCUCAUCUUGUCUCAUGCUGCGGCAGUACAGAGAUAUCGUGAGAAGUAUCAAGAAAAACAGAAGGGCAGAAUUGGAAUUCUGUUGGAUUUUGUUUGGUACGAACCUCUUACAAGAUCAAAGGCAGACAAUUACGCAGCUCAAAGAGCAAGGGAUUUCCAUAUUGGAUGGUUUAUUCAUCCUAUCGUAUAUGGUGAGUACCCAAAAACAAUGCAAGAAAUUCUCGGUCAUCGGCUGCCUAAAUUCACAAACAAGGAGGUUAAGAUGGUGAAGGGGUCAAUGGAUUUUGUGGGUGUUAACCAGUAUACUGCUUACUACAUGUAUGACGCUCAUCAAGGAAAACCUAAAGUUCUUGGCUACCAACAGGACUGGAAUGCUUCAUUUGCUUUCAAAAAAAGAGGAGUGCCGAUUGGUCCACAGGCUUACUCUUAUUGGUUGUACAACGUACCGUGGGGGCUCUACAAAGCUGUGACUUACAUUAAGGAACGUUAUGGAAAUCCAACGAUGAUUUUAGCAGAAAAUGGCAUGGAUGAUCCAGGAAAUGUUACGUUUGCUAAGGGAUUGCACGACACCACAAGGAUAAACUACUACAAGGCUUAUAUUACUCAACUGAAGAGAGCUAUAGAUGACGGAGCAAACGUGGAAGGCUAUUUUGCGUGGUCAUUACUUGACAAUUUUGAAUGGAGAUUAGGCUACACUUCAAGGUUUGGCAUUGUUUAUGUCGAUUACAAGACCCUCAAGCGCUACCCUAAGAUGUCUGCUUACUGGUUCAAGCAAUUACUUAGCAAAAACAAGCAUUAGAAAAUACUUGAAAACCGUAACAUGUUUUCUUUUCUUUGUUUUUGCCAAUAAGCUCCGGCAAUUCUCAUGUGUAACCUCUUUCUCAUUAUCAAGUAACGACACAUGAAUUUGUUUCUUAAUCUGUUCUUGCAGCUGUUUGCUCAAUUGAAUGUGUUGCAUUUGCCUGUUUGGUUGGCAGUUUUCAA